AUGGCGCACCCCUGGCACGCGCUGCCCUCCACGGCAGCGGUGCAUUUGCCAAUGACGCUCUGCGGAGGGCAGUGCUUCCGCUGGCGUCGCACACCGCGAGGCACUUGGGUCGGUGUGGUGGAACGCGGCGCGUACGAGCUCUCUGACGCCCCUCAUCCACCCGAGUUCCCAACAGCUUCGCAAAUGUGCGAGGCAAAGCAACGGAUGCGUUCCUCUUUUUCUUCCUCUUCAGACUCCCAUGAGGAUGUUCUUUGGUUUCGCUGUCUUCAUCGUGAGCUGAAUACUGCAUUGGAGGUGUCAGCAGAAGCCCGUUUUUUGUCUUAUUACUUGGCGUUAGAUGUGGACCUGCAACAGUUGUGGCGACGCUGGACAUUGGAUAAUCCGAGGCGCGACCAUCCCCUGGUGCGUUACCUCACUUUGAACGGGGCCGAAGAACUUCCCGUCAGCAUUCGUCAUUUGCGGCAGGACCUUCAUGAGACGCUGCUGGCGUUUCUGUGCUCACAGAAUAAUAACGUGCAGCGCAUCACAGGGCUUGUGGAGAAGCUGGCCACCUCCUACGGAAAUCGCUUGUGUGAGUACAACCCUGUAACGGGUAAAGUUAGAAACGUGAGCUCUCUGAAGCAUGUCCCUACGAAGCGUAAGCAAACUGCCAAGAAGGCUGCUGCAGGAGACGGAGGUUGGAUAGCUUUACACGCUAUGCCUAGCAUGGAUCAGUUAGUCCGCAGUUCUGAGGACGACUUGCGUGCACUGGGGUUUGGGUACCGUAGUAAGUACAUUAUUAAGUGCGCUUCCAUUAUUAAGGCCAGUGGUGUAAGCGAGCAAAAAAGAGGGGAGGACGGAACGAGCUCUUCCUUUGGCAUGCAGUCUUACAAGUGGUAUGACGAGUUUUUGGACGCGCACCUCAGUUUGUGUGAGCGGCGGGAAAAACUCUUGUCACUUCCUGGCGUGGGUCGCAAAGUUGCGGAUUGUGUCCUCCUUUUUGCUGGGGGUCAUCACGAGAUUGUGCCCGUUGAUACACACAUGGCCCAGGUUGCGACAGAGUACCUGAUUGAGACGGCAUUGUGUGGUGCAAAGUGCACUGUUGACGGAAUUGGCCAGGGCCGAAAACGAGAUUCUUCAGGGGAAGCCUCAUCGCAAGGGUCAUCAGUGAAAGGAUUAGGUUGGGAAAUGGUGUUGGCAGAUUGGUAUAGGAGAGGGAAAGAGCGCGGCAUGAAGAUGCCGGCGCUUUUGUCUAAGCAUCAUGAUGCCAUUCAGUUGGGGUUUCAGGAACUCUUUGGUGACUACUGCGGCUGGGCCCACAGUAUUCUUUUCUACGCACGCAUGAGAAAAUGGAAACGAGAGGCAUGA